AUGGCCAUCUGGCUAGCGCAGCUAUUGCGUCGCUACCUGCUACUCUGGGUCUGGUCGCUGGUUUGGCGUGGCUGGCGCCGGCCACUCGAGGCGCACGACCUGCCUGCCCUGCCUCCUGGGCUGACCCAGUCCGAUGCCCGUCUCGCGGCCGAGCUCUGGUGGUCAGAUGGCGAGAAGGCAAACCGACGAUCUAUCGUCGGCCUCACGUGGCGCUUCCACAGGCGCGAGUUCCUCGCUGGCAUCGCGAUGAGCUCUUGCUAUGGACUUUGCAAUGUCGUGUUGCGGCCGCUGCUGCUCAAGCUAACCAUCGAGCAGGAGAGGAGCGCGUCGCGACACAUGCUCUCGGAUCGGCUCUUCAGCGCGGUGUUUGGCAUGGCGCGGCGCUCGGGGCAGCGCUCGCGCGACGCGUCGGCGCUCGUGCAGCGCAAGGCGGUUCGUGUCCGGACUGGCGUGGGCGGCGGGAAGGUGCAGGCGAGCACGCUGAUCGGGUCGGACCUGGCGAGUCGCUACCUCUGCCUGCUGCCGAUGAGCUCUUCGGGCCUGGUCGGCGGCUGCGUGCUCCUCGUGCUCUCGCUCGGCUGGGCGGGCGUGAUCGGGAUCGCCGCCAUGGAGCCUCCUUGCGCCGUCCGCCUCGACGCGAGCACGGCGCGCACUACCCUAACCUUCUCCGGGCCCUGUUGUAGGCGGCUCGGGCUGCUCCGGCUCGUCAUCGGCGACAUCAAGCCGAUCAAGCUCCUGUCGUGGGAGGAGCAGUACAUGGACGCCAUCGACACGGCACGGCGCGGGGCGAGGGCGGGAGGAGGCUUGCUCGACGCCGCCGACGCGCUGAUCAUGCUCCCGACCGGCCUCGCCGAGUGGGCACGCAUCCAGGUCUCCUUCGCGCGCGUGGAGCGGUAUCUGGAGCUUCCGGAGCACGCGCCCCUGCCGCCCCUUCCGCCCCUCCCGCCGGCCACGCCUGACGCCGUCGGAACGCCGCCCCUCGAGGAGGCGGAGGCGGCGACCCCGCGACGGGACCUCGCGCGAGCCUCACCUAGCGACGGGGCGCCGUCGUGGGAGGCGACGCUCGAGGGAGGGGCAGCCGGCACGGCUCUGGCGAGGGUCGGCAGCGGCGGGCUCGAGGUGGGCGGAGACGAGGUCGUCGGUGUGGUGGGGCCAAUCGGGAGUGGAAAGUCGUCGCUGCUUUGUGCCGUGCUCGGGGAGAUGCCUCGCCUGGCAGUCGCCGGCAGCGGGCGCAUAGCAGACGCGGCGGGGCAGGCAAGGGUUUGGCCGGCGCAGGCGGCGGCGCUGGUUCGCUCCGUGUGCUACGUCCAGCAGCGGCCGUGCGUCCUGAGCUGCUCGAUCCUCGAAAACAUCACCUUUGGCGCCCCGCUACGGCGCCUUCGGCUCGCGCGCGCCAUCGAGGGGGCGUGCCUCGGACCCGACCUGCAGCAGAUGCCGGCUGGACUGGACACGCUGGUUGGCGCGCUGCGUGGCUCUUCUCUGCCGCAGAUGCGUGUCGCUCUCGCGCGUGCCCUCUACCAGAGGCACCCGCGCCCUCUCCUUCCGCCCGCAGCGGGAGGCAGGGGUCCAGCCGCAGCGGAUUGGACGGUCGCUCGCUGCUGUAGGCCGGCGCUGCUAUUUGCCGACGACCCGCUGGCGGCGGUGGACGCGCGGGUGGGUGCGCACCUCUUCCGCUCGCUACGCGAGUACGCGACGGGCGGGCGGGCAGUUGUCCUCGCGCUCAACCAGCUCCAUUUGGCGAGGCGCUGCUCGCGGCUCGCGUCUAACGAGGAGGGGCUCGUGGUCCUCGAAGCUGGACGCAUCACGGCGCAGGGUCCUUCAGCGGAGGUGGCCACGGACCACCUGUCGGCCUUCCCGUCUCCACAGGGCGACGAGGCGGGGUCUGCGGCAUCGGUCGGCGAUACGGGGUCCGAGAUUGCAGAGGCGGGCGCUUCGCCUGCAGAGGCGGGAGGCGCGCUGGGGGAGGAGAGGGACGGCGCAGUGGCCGAGCUGAGCGUCGCGGCGGCGGUCGAGUGCUCGGUGGCCGCAGCCAAGCUGGGGGCGCCGGCGCAGCGGACGGCGGAGGCGCGGCGCACCGGACACUUCAGCGGGUCGACGCUCCGCCGCUACCUCCGCUCGUUCGGCCGUUGCCACUUUGCGCUCUGCUGCGUGCUGGCGGCCGCUGCGUGGGGCCUGAUGGGCUUCAACGACCGCUGGUUGGCCGACUGGCUGGACCAUAACGAGGAGGAGGCCGAGAAGGCGGCCCGGGGGCAGGGGGGAGGGAGGGGCGGCGAUGGCGACGGGCGGUACAUCGGCGUGUACGUGGGCGGCACGGCGCUCUUCCUCUUCUUCCUCCUCGUCUCGUCGGCUACGGUGCAGGUGGGCUGUGCGCGAGCCGCCCGCUCGCUCCACGCGGAUUGUGUCGCCAGCCUGCUGCGCGCGCCGGUGCUCUACUUCGACUCGACGCCGAGCGGCAGGCUCAUCUCCCGCUUUAGCUCGGACUUCACCACGGCCGACAGCGCGCUCGCGCAGUUCGGCGACAACGUACUACAGUUCUCCGCCACCAUCCUCGCCUUCUUCGCGGUGAUCGCCCUAAUCAUCCCGUGGAUGCUAAUCGCCGCGGUGGUAAUCGUGGCGCUCACGGCGGUGCAGCUCGUCGCGGUCGAGAGGAGCCGCGAGGGGAGAGGCGGCGGGUCCAACCGUGAGGCCAAGAGGCUGGCGAACACGGCCAUGGCGCCGGUCCUCACUGACGUGGCCGAGGCGGCCGAGGCGGCCGAGCUGCUGCGGCAUUGCGCCUUUACCAAGCUCAACCUGGUCACAAACUCGCUCCAGAGCUGGUCCUUCCAGACUAGCUACUUCGUCAGCCUCUUCUUCUCGGCGGAUCGCCUCUCGCCCGCGGAGAGCGCGCUCGCGCUCAACUACGCCUUCGCGCUGCCGUAUUUCCUGAUGUUCUUUUCCCUCAAUGUUCUGCAAGUCACCGCCGCGCUCACGGCGCUCGAACGGCUGCUCGAGCUGCUCGACCUCCCGCAUGAGCCUGCGUGGCGCGUCCCCUCAACCCUCUCGGAGGAGCUGACCAACUUUGAGCAGACGGAGGAGCACGAAGGGCUCCAGUCAUGCGCCGAGGCCCUCGGCGACGCCAAGCUCCUCCGCCACAAGGACCCCGAAGUCAAGCUGCUCACCGCGUGCUGCGUCUCGGACGUGCUGCGCAUCUACGCCCCCGACACGCCGUACUCCCCCGACACGCUCAAGAACGUCUUUGAGGUGCUCAUCCAGCAGCUCAACGGCGUGCGCGACCCGAAGAGCGGCUCCUUCUCCCGCUACUUCUACCUCCUCGAGCGGCUCGCCAUGGUCAAGUCCUUUGUGCUGAUGAUUGACCUCGAGUGCCAGGACCUCAUCGAGUCCCUGUUCGAGGUCCUGUUCGACGUCACCUCCAAGGAGCACGGCGUGCGCGUCGAGGGCUUCCUCCUCGAGAUCCUCGUCGGCAUCAUCGAGGACCUCGACGCGGUGCCGCAGCCGCUGCUAGACGUCGUGCUCGAGAAGGUGGUGCAGCCAGCAAAGGCGGAGAAGCCGGCGGCGUACGCGCUCGCGCGCCGCGUGCUGCAGCGCUGCUCGAACGAGCUCAACGCGCCGCUGCACCACUUCCUGCAGUCGUGCCUGCCCAACUCGACCCUCGAGCGCGUCGAGUCGGACGUGCGCGACGAGUGGCCUCACCUCGUCGUCGAGGUCGCGAGCGCGGCGCCCGACGUGGUCAAGUACGUCGUGCCGCAGCUGAGCGAGGUCGCGACCAUGGAGGAGGAGGCGGUCCGGCUCAAGGCGACGCACCUGCUCGCAGACCUCUUCGAGUCGGGGCAGCGCGUGGAGCACGACUACCCCGCCCUCGUCACCGCCUUCAAAGGCCGGCUCAACGACGUGAGCGUCGAGGUGCGCCGCGCCGCCGUCGUGCGCUGCGUCGCGCUCGUCCAAAAGUCGGCGCUGCUCUCCGACCAGCUGCUACCGGAUCUCACGCAGCGGCUGUUCGACGGCGAGGACAAGGUGCGCGCCACCACCAUCAAGGCGGUGUGCGGCGCGUGCACACUGCGCGUCGAGCCCUUCGCCGAACUGCUCAAGGACAUCGGCGGACGCAUCUUCGACCGGCGCCCCGCGGUGCGCUCGGCGGCGCGCGCGGGCGUGUGCGCCAUCUACGCGCGCCAGAUGGGGACCGAGUUCAAGGCUGUCGCGGCGGAGGAGGUGUCCCCGCCGGAGGGCGUCGAGUGGGCGCCGGCGCGGCUGCUCCAGUGCUACGGCGCGGAGGCGGGCUCCGACCCCGCCUCGCGGCUCGAGCUCGAGGACUUGCUGCAGGACAAGCUGCUGCCGAGCUUCGCGGACGAGGCGGACGCCGAGGCGCUCCACGCGCGCGCUCUGACCGUCGCUCACGGCGAGCUCGCGCCGCUGCAGCGCAAGGCCUUCCUCUCGCUGCUGCGCGCCAAGCGGCUGUCGCAGGACCAGCUGCGCAAGUGGCUCGACCUGCACCGCGCCGUCAAGGAGAAGCGCGCGAGCGGCAGCGCCAAGGAGGAGAUGGCGAGGGU